UUAAAAAAAUCCAAAUAUAGUCUAUAAAAUAACUAUCUGGUAGCGCUAUGCACUACUUAUCAAUCUCCGAGAGAAAGUAAACUGAGUGUGUGCUGUAAUAAUAUUGAUAGUGACUUGUGUUUUUUUGUGAUUUUUAGAAAGGAACCAAGUAAGAGAUAAGUUCAGCAUGGAUUUUGCCGGCAAAGUAGUCAUUGUCACUGGCGCAAGUUCGGGCAUUGGUGCCGCUACUGCAGAACUCUUUGCAAAAUUGCAUGCUAAAGUGGUGCUCGUCGGACGUAAUGAAUCUAAUCUGAAAGCAACUGAAUCAGCAUGCAAAGCAGCAAACGAGAAGGCGGAAUUGUUAACAGUCAAAGCAGAUAUAACAAUGGAUGCUGAGCGUAUAAUCAAUGAAACUAUUGCGAAAUUUGGGAAAUUAGAUAUAUUAGUGAAUAAUGCCGGCAUUUUAGCCGGCGGCAACAUACUAGACAUCGACGUAGAGCAAUUCGAUCAAAUACUCAAUACAAAUCUACGUGCUGUAUUUAUAUUAACCAAAUUAGCAGCACCCCAUCUGGUGCAAAGCCAAGGUAACAUUGUGAAUGUUUCCAGCUUGGCGGGCACACGUGCAUUUCCGAAUGGCUCUAGCUAUUGUGUUUCCAAAGCUGGUCUAGAUCAGUUUACGAAGUGUAUAGCGCUGGAUUUGGCAUCGAAAAAUGUGCGCGUAAAUUCCGUAAAUCCUGGUUUGAUUGUUACGGACAUACAUCGCCGCGGUGGCAUGUCGGAGGAAGCCUAUGCCAAGCAUUUGGAACAUGGCAAGGAAACACAUGCAUUGGGGCGUGUAGGUAAACCAAUCGAAGUAGCCGAAGCCAUUACUUUCUUAGCCAGUGCUGCUGCUAGCUUCAUUACUGGCGCUAUAUUGCCCAUAGAUGGUGGUAGACAUGCUAUGUGUCCGCGUUAGAAUUAGUACCAAAAAAUUCACUUUAUUGCCAAGAAUGUGCAUUAAACGAUUGUAUAUUUUUCUAAAUUAAAAUAUAAUCAACUUAAACACAUAAGUACGAGUGUGUAUAAUGUUUAACCAAUAUCUUAUCAAAAAAAUCUAUAGAUUACGUUUCAUAUAAAAAUGCAAAUUAAGUUUUGAUACCCUGAACAGUGUGUACAAAGUUUGUAACACCAAGAAGAAAACGUUGGGACUCUAUAAAAUAAAUAUACAUAUGUAUGUAUGUAUAUACAAAUGGUCAGCUUAACGAGUGACCUUGCUAUGUCCGUCUAUCUGUCCGUUCGUCUGUAUUUAUAAACUCAAACUAGUCCACCAAUUUUUGAGACAUUUAAUGGAACCGCCGAUAUCUGACCACUAUAACAUAUUUUUGCCGUACAAACACAUAAUCUUGUAUAGAGUAUUUUUUUAUUUGUGGAGGGUAUUAUUGGUUCGGCUUAUUAAUUUGAAGCUGACGUUUUUUUU